CAAAACUAAUUUACGUUAUCGAAACUAUCGAAAGUUCUUGGAUCGAAUGUGGGAAUCGAAUUUAUUCAUUCGUUGAAUUAUAAAAUGUUGCGAAAGUUGUGCUUCCAUAAAUUUGUUAAUAAAAAUGUUCGUACAAAAUGUGUGAGACUCCACACGGCCGCUGAUGUGAGGCAGAGCUCGAGGCAAAAGGCGUGGCUGCUCGCCAAGGAGCGGUACAAACAGCACGAGCACGUUUAUUACAGCUCCGUUCUGGAGAUGGGAGCAGAUCCGUCUUUCUCGGUUCCUGAGGUUGCUUCUCUGCCGGAGGACUGGAUGGACGACUACGAGUUCUACCGCGGUGCCCUGGAUGAGGCGGACAAUAAGCAGGGCACACCGGAUCCCAAAGUUCCCGCCUCAAAAGUACCCUGCAGCGGAUGCGGCGCCCACCUGCAUUGCUCCAGCGAAUCGGUGCCCGGCUACAUACCAAGUGAAAUCUUCCGGGGAAGGACAAAGGAGGAGCUGAAGACCAUCGUCUGCAAGCGUUGCCAUUUCCUGCAUCACUACAACAUUGCCCUGGACGUUGAGGUGGCACCUUCUACCUAUGUCGACACAAUAUCGCGUAUUCAGGACAAAUUCGCGCUGGCCAUCGUGGUGGUUGAUCUCCUGGACUUCCCGAGCUCCAUCUGGCCGGGCAUGCAGCACGUGCUGGGCACAAAACGACCCGUCUUUCUGGUGGGUAACAAGGUGGACCUCCUGCCUCGCGACUCCAACACCUACCUGCAGCACGUGAAGACAUCUCUUCAACGGGAGUUCAUAAAGCGCGGCGGUGGUGAUGGGAUGAACAUCAAGAAUGUCAGCCUAAUCUCCGCCAAAACCGGCUACGGGGUCGAAGAGCUGAUCACGCAGCUGCACAAGAACUGGGCCUACAAGGGCGACGUAUAUUUACUGGGCUGCACCAAUGUGGGCAAGAGCUCGUUGUUUAACAUCCUUCUCAACUCGGACUAUUGCAGACCAGAGGCGAGUGAUCUGGUGCGAAAGGCCACCACUUGCCCAUGGCCGGGGACUACACUCAAGUUGCUGCGGUUUCCCAUUCUGCGGCCAUCCAAUGAUCGUAUUUAUAUGCGUUACAAGAGAUUGGUUGCCGAGCGAGGUGAAAGGGCUGCUAUAGAGCAGAUGCGUCGCCAAGAGGCUAGGAAAACAGGAGCAGCUUCGGCAGCCCAACCAGCAUCACCCGUGGGACGCACCUUCGAUCGUCGUGACGAUCUCAGCGAUGCCUUUGCCAUGGCCAGUGGCACGCGACCUAUAACGACAUUGAACGAACGCCGGGAGGAUUACAAGGAGGCGCGGUGGGUCUACGACACCCCCGGGGUGAUGAACCCGGAUCAACUCACGCCUCUGCUUACCCCCGAGGAGUUGACAAAGCUGCAACCGGCUACGAUGAUCCGUCCCAGAGCCUUUCGCCUACGUCCCCAAAUGAGCCUUCUGCUCGGCGGCUUGGCUCGACUGGAUCUACUGGAGAUAUCCUCAAGCUUCAAAAAGCAGUUUGACUGGCUAAAGGUCUUUGUGUUUUCCUCGGCGCACCUUCCCGUACUGAUAGCAGACACCCAGGAGGCGGAAAAUGUCUACAAACGCUAUCUAGGCAAGCCCCUUCUGGGCGUUCCGAUGGCCGGCAAGGAGGAUUUGGAUACCAGAUUGAAACGCUGGCCAGUAUUACAGUGCAAGGAUUGCGAAAUUGUGGUGAAAAACAAAGACGAAAGCGAAGGAAGGUUAAAUUGUGAUAUUACACUUAGUUCAGCGGGCUGGAUGGGAUUGCUCCUGCCCGGGCACUCGGAGUGUCGCCUAAGGGUGUGGACACCGGAUGCGACGGGCAUAUAUAAGCGGGAACCGGCUUUGAUACCCCUUGCGGAUCGGUUGGUGGGAAAGCACAUUAGAAAUUCACUGGCGUAUAACACCACAAAGCCUUUUGUUUUUAAGAAAUAAAAAUAUUUGAAAUUGUA